AUGCCCAAGGUCCAGAAAUCAGAAGAAGAGUGGCGCGCGAUUCUCAAUCCGGCACAAUUUGCUGUGCUCAGACAGAAGGGGACAGAAAGACCGUUCACUGGAGAAUACACAGAAUUCAAAGGAACAGGGAUCUACACCUGUGUUGCUUGCAACGCCCCCCUUUAUGAAUCGAGCACUAAAUUCGACAGCCAUUGCGGAUGGCCAUCGUUCUACGAGGCGAUCCCAAACUCGAUCAUCACAAAGGAAGAUUACACGCACGGAAUGCAAAGAAUCGAGAUGAUGUGCGCCAAUUGCGGAGGCCAUCUUGGCCACAUAUUUAAAGGCGAGGGCUACAAGACGCCCACAGACGCCAGACAUUGCGUGAACUCGAUCUGUCUCAAGUUCAAUCCGGACGAAUCAAACAAUCGUGCUUUCAAUGUCGUCGAUCGACACAGCAAUGUGGUCAAAUCCAAUUGCUUUAUCGGUAUCCUUGUCAAAGACGUGGUAGCCCUUGAACGAGGCGUCAGACUCGGUGCCGUAGUUGUGGGUGAGCUCCACGAUCGACUGUCUGGCAGCCUGGACCAAAGAGUCCUCUUUGUUUUCCACGUACGACUUGUCGUGCUCGUAUCCGAGGAAAUACAGUGUGAAGUCGGCGGCAGGGAAGUCCCUUGUGCUAAAAAGUUUCAUUCCCAGCACGUCUUGGUAGAACUUCAAGGAAACCUUUGGAUCCUUGACUCUGAUCAUGGUGUGGUUCAAUCUGUAGGCAACAGGAUUAACUUCAGACGACUUGUCCAAAGCGUUCUCGAUCAGCUCGAUCCAGUAUCCAUCUGGAUCAAGAACGAACGCAAUGUUCUUCUGACGUCCAUCCUCGAGCUUCUUCUUGAAAUCAACACCUUUGGUCAAAAAAUCUUGUUGGGCCUUGGCAAUGUUGUUCACAGAAACACACAGAUGGCCGAACCCCUUGUAUGGCUCAGAAUUGCCGUCGUACACCUUGGCAGUGGAGUUCUUCAGCUUACGAAGUUCAACAACUCCGUCUCUCUGGGCAAGUGGUUUCCCCGCAUGCGGAUGUCCAGCAGAAUCAAACGCAACAAACACAGAAUUGUACUUCGAAGUCUCCAAUUGCUUCACUGUCUUCAUGGCGAACGUGUUGGUGUACCAUUGGACAGACUUGGCGAGAUUGGAGACGUGCAAGCAAGUAUGAUUAGUAAACAUUAUGCAGGAAAUUAA